GUGUCACAUGACCGCUGUUGCGGGAGGGCGGGGCUGUGUCACAUGACCGGGCCUCAGCCAUGGCCGACGACGCCAGACGGCGGGGCUUCGAGUUGGAGCGGAGGGUGUUUGAGCUGGAUAGCAAAUGCUCCGGCCUCCGCAUGGAAAAACACGAUGAUGAUUAUUUGCAGAAUGCUUCCACCAUACUAGACAAGCUGAAGAACUACUACAGACACGGGGCCGAGAGCAGCAGCCUACCGAAGCUACUGCAGGAUUACACCCAGGUGGUUCUGGAUGUGACGUUUUACGAGGAGAACCAGCUGGUGGACCAGGAGUUCCCCGAGGACUCCUCCCCGUUCCGGAUCCAGCAGCUGCUGCAGGACCUGACCGAGCCGGAGCUGCUGGCUGGGAGAUUGGUGCCAACACAGGAUGUCCAGACAGUGCUGGGCGUGGAGCUGCUCGAGUGUCUGUACUGGCGCCGCGGGGCGCUGCUCUACAUGUACUGCCACACCCUCCACCAGAGAAAACAGUGGAUCAAGAAGAACCAAACAACGUUCCUUAAGUAUCUGCAGGAGGGGGUGCGCUACCUGAUGCGGAUGCUGCAGGUGAGGAACUCCGUGAAGCUCAGUGAUGGUGUCGUGUUUCAUGACUCGACGACAGCCAGCUUCCUCAGUGAAGGCAUCUUCUCAGACACCCACCUGCUGGCUAUGAUGUACGUUGGAGAGCUAUGCUUCUGGGCCGUGAAGUACGAGGACAUGGACCCAGAGGCCCCCCCCGAGCGCCGGGAAGAGCGCAUCCACUUUCGGGAUGUCGGCACACAGGUGCUGCAUAAGUACGUGCUGGUGUGCGAGGGUCCCCUGCAAGGCCAGGGCUGGAGCACUGACAACGCCAAGGAGAUCCUGAGUGUGCUGCAGUGAGGGGUCGCCCUGGCUGCUUACACUAAUGCAUAACCUAACCCAACAAACGCAGCCUUCUGCCUCUGCAGCGAGACAGUUGUAUAAUGAGCUGGAGAACCUGCACAUACUGCAACCCCCCCCCCCCCCUCCCCCCAGGGACUGAGCUCGAGACCCCCCAGACAAACACCCCCAGGGACUGGGCAGAGCACGAGGGCCCUGGGGGCUUCACUUAAACAAUAGCUCACUAAUAGUCCAGCUGGGAGUUCAGAAUGUUCCUCACCAGCUGCUUCUAUUUAUUUUAUGCUAUUUGUGUUUCAUUUUUUUUUUUUACUUUACAAUUUAUUAUUUAAAAAGAUAUUUCUAAAUUAUUUGCAUUUAUAUAUUGAAAGGGAGGGGAUGGAUAAAAGUUUGGCAGAAACGUAUGUAUUGCUUGAGAUUUGGUGGUCCAGUUCCUGACGCUGUCCGCGCGCGGACAGGCAGUUCACAGAUUUCACUUUUGAUAGCGACAUUUACACAAAUGAUCUGUGUUAGUGGUAUUAUUUUUACUAUGUAUUUAAGUUUUUUUAUGUCAUCAUUGAAAAUAAAUGUUGAUUUUAAAAGGAAA